UUCAUUUUGAAAUUAGAUCACUUUCAUUUAAAAGCUUGCAGUGAACAAGACGCUGGUUGUAUUGUUUAAUUUCGCAAUUUGCACAAUUUCCUGUAGAUAUAAUUAAAGUUUGUUGAAGUCAUUCGUACCUGCACCAGCACGUAAACAAAGUGUUUUGAUGGCAACUCCCGAAUUCAGCCGCAAAUCAUGGAAGAAAAAUUUAUACGAAAACGCCGACUACGCGGAUAAUUAUACGGAUCCAUCCUUCCUGAAGGACAUGCAGACGAACGUGAAUCUGAAAACAUACACAUCCCAGGAAGCAUUCGCCGGUGCAACAAAACUCAGCCAGCAGAUUUCGGUCGUGACGGCAUUCCUGGUCAUUUUCCACCAUCUCUACCUGGAACGUAUCGGAGCGAAGGUGCUAUUUGCGCAGUCAGCAGUCGGAACUAUCAUUGGUUACUUUGUCUACGCCGGACGUGAGGUACAGCUGGCCAAGUUCGUAGAAGACUGCAAAACAGCACUAGCAGUACUCGUGUUUGGAUUCAUCUUUUCGCCACUUCUCCACACGCUCACCAACAGCAUCAGCACAGACACAAUCUUUUCGAUGACUUUCUUCGUACUGGUUCUGCAUUUGAUCUUCUUCGAUUACGGCGUAUCAGCGGCAUUCGUUUCUAAGGCUAUUUCGUUGAACGCAGCCAUUUUCGGUUCUAUAUGCCUAGCAUCACGGCUAUCCUCUUCGCUGCACGCGUUCGUUCUGCUAGAAGUGGCGGCCGUAUUCUUCGCGUUAGGUCCAUUUUUGGUGCGUAAAUUGUAUAGCGUGCAGUUGCUAGUGCUUUCCAUUGCUGUGUGCUGCUAUUUCCUACAAUCUAUUUCCCAUAUCAUUCUCUACACGUACAUAAGCACACUGGCCUUUGUGAAUCUGUUUUGUCCGUGGCUUUUUGUUCGCUUACAAAGGUACAAAAACAACAUUAACGGGCCAUGGGAUGAAGCUAUCGUUGCAGAGGAAACUGCAUCUUAGAUGUUGAUUCGUUAGCCUUAGCAUUGGUAAGACUUAACACUAGUCAUUGGUAAAUUGAAAAAUGGAGAGCAGGAUGAAUAAACCGGCAAUACAGGAUUCUUACAGAUAAAAGACAAAUUCUUCAUAUUUAUUCGAGGUUUAACCAAUAAUCAUAUAUUGUAUCUUCUUCUUUGCCUGAACGGUAGCUUCGCAUGUCGCUAUACGGUCAUCGUGCGGAUAUUUCAAACGCAGUCAAUUGAAAGCUUCAAAAAUUAUCCGAUUUCUUGUCACAUUUAAGCGUUUUUGUGCAUUUUGUUCGCUUCCGAUCCGCUUUCUUCCUUAAACGUGUAGUCGCCUUUCUUAAACUGUGCAAAUCUUUGCCGACAAGUGGCUUCCUUAAUGCACUGCUCCCCGUACGCUGUUACUAUUUCUUUAUGGGCUUCAGCUGCACUUUUCUUCAUGUUGUACAGCAAUAUCAGAACCUCGUGCAAAUGUUUAUCGCUUGGUACGAAGCCACUCAUUCGUAAGACUCCUUGUAAUGGGAUGUAAUGGAAAACUUGGCCGAUGCAAUGCAAGGGAAACUAGACCGAAAAGAAAAAUGCCGUGAUGUUAUCAAACAAACAUCUUGACAUGAUGGUUGACACUUGGGAAAAGGCGGAAAACAAAGUUGGCGCUAUAUGAACACGUUCGGAACACGUGUUACGUUUGACCAAAAAACAUAAACUUAUAAUGAAAUCGUUACGAUAUAUGUCCCAUUUCUCAAUUUAAAAAAUUCUCUAAAAUAAAUAAAUUUCAAUCUGUAAA